AGGGGGGGGGGGGGGGGCAGCGCCGCCCGCACGGGGCGGGCCCAGCCCGCCGGGGGGGCCCGGGGGGGAUAAAAGCCGGGGAGGCGGCGGCGGGGCCGGGGGAACCGGGCCAGGAUGAGCGCGGCCCCGGGCACCUCCCGCGCCCCCCAGCCGCUGCUCCGCUUCCCCGACGGGGCGGCCGGGCCGGGCGGCGGGCGGGCGGCGGGGGGAGUGCGCGCCCCGGGGCCGUGCCCCUGCCCGGGGGGGCCACGGAAGCGGCGGCGGACCACCUUCAGCCGGGGGCAGCUGUCGGAGCUGGAGCGGGCCUUCGCCGCCGUGCCCUACCCCGACAUCGCCACCCGGGAGCGCCUGGCCGAGCUCACUCAGCUGCCCGAGGCCAAGAUCCAGGUCUGGUUCCAGAACCGCCGAGCCCGCAGGAUCCGCAGCGCCAAACUGGAGCCGCCACCGCUGCCGCCGCUGCCACCACCCGGGGAGCGGUGUCCCCCCCACCGCACCCCCCGACGGCACCCCCCCCGGGCCCGGCCCCCGCCCUGCCUCCACCCGCAGCCCGCAGCCCCGCUCGCGGCCUCCCCACCUCGCUGGGCUCCAUCUCCGACCUCAUCUACAGCGCGGCCAUCACCAACUUGGGCGAGCCGUAGCCGUGGCAGGGACCCCCGGCACCGGGGACCCCCCCCGGCACCCAGGCCGCCCAGCUUAGCGCCAUGA